UUACAGGGCUGCUCGAGUAGGAGGGCUUUAUGGAGCAGAAAAACGACAAAGCUAGAAAAAUUAUUUUCCACUCCAGAAAUUAAUGAUCAUGAGCUCGUAUUUGAUGGAGUCUAACUACAUUGAUCCGAAAUUUCCUCCAUGCGAGGAAUAUUCGCAAAAUAGCUAUAUCCCAGAACAUAGUCCAGAAUAUUACAGCCGCGCAAGGGACAGUGGCUACCAGCAUCACCACCAGGAGAUAUAUCCUCCGCGGGCAAGCUACCAGGACCGCCAAUAUAACUGUGCAAGCAUCCCUGAACCUGACACGCCAAGGGUGCAUGGACUACCCCAUUCUGCGCACCUGCUUGCAGGGAAAGGGCAACCUGCAUCAUGUGAAACCCCACAGUUAUCUAUGUCCCCCGCCACCCCACCGGCUGCAACCUCCGCCUGCAACCAAGCUACCCCGGAGCAUCCACACAGCGCUGCCUCCAUGAAGCAGCCCGUGGUGUACCCGUGGAUGAAGAAGAUUCACGUCAGCACUGUGAACUCGGGUUACAAUGGGACGGAACCCAAGCGGUCUAGGACAGCAUACACUCGACAGCAGGUUUUAGAAUUGGAGAAGGAAUUCCACUAUAACCGAUAUUUAACUCGGCGGAGGCGCAUCGAGAUUGCCCAUACCCUGGUUCUCUCCGAGCGACAGAUUAAAAUCUGGUUUCAAAAUCGCAGGAUGAAAUGGAAAAAAGACCACAGGCUUCCAAACACCAAAGUGAGAUCUUCUUCUUCGUCCUCCGGGUCCAAUACGGGCUCAGCAGCCGGCGCUGUGGCAGUGGCCGCGGCCGCUACCGGGGCCGGGGCCAGCCCUGAUGAACUGACCGGAGCGCAGCAUGCCGAGGAUAUUACCAGGUUAUAAACCAGGGAAGGGGAUAGAACAACAAGAAGAACUGGUUAUUUAUAGAAGUUAUAUAUUUAGUUUUCGUAGCUAUCUUGUGCGGUUUCCUUUAAGUCCAAAGUUAUAUAAAUUGCAUGUUAUAUAGCAUGGAUUAAGCGAAUACCGAUGAAUUAUUUUUACGUGAUACAGGGUUUAAUUUAUUUAAUGAAGAGUUGAGAUGUUUUUUAUUGAGAAAAAAAAUGUUUUCAAUUAAGGAGAGAAAAUGCAGAAAAAUGUACAUUUGGUCAACAUGUUAUCGUGGGCUAUUCUUUCGCCCUGCUGCCCAAGGUGAAAUGCACAAUCUAUUUAUUUCAAACAACACUGGAAGGACAUCGUUAUGAUAAUAGUUAUUUUUGGUAAAAUAAAAAUGAAUAGCUGGAGCACUCCAUUGAUCUUGAACGUGUAGAAAAUAUUUUGUGAAUUACAUUGUGUAUUUUCACAAAUCAGUUUUUUGUUUACAAUUUAGUUUCGUGUUGUUGAUGUUGUGUUUUAGACCGUUAAAGCAGAUUAUUGUUAUAUGCAAUAAACGGAGUCUAGUGUACUUGUGAUAAUCAUAUUGGUCAAUAAAACAGUGAGUGUUUUAUCGUUGCUCGACUUCCUUUAGAUCCAGUUGUGGGUCACUCUUCUUUUGGUUUUAGAGCUAUGCUUUUAAGGUGUACAUUAUGGGUAAAUUAACAUUUUAUAAGGUUAACCAAUUGCUCACCGUGUUUACAAGCUGUGAUUGUGAAAUAUUUCGGCUCCUUGCGUUAUUUAAUUUAAUAUUGUAUAUAACUAGUUUAACUGCUACAUGUGUUGUUUGUGUGUCCUCAAAUGCCACUUAUAGAGGACAUCAAUAGUUUAAAAAAAAAGGUCCCAACAGCAAAUGGACUAGUUUGUUCUAUGCAUAGGCCUACGUGCACUAUAAUUAAUCUAAAGGGCAUUCAACUAACCAUAAAGGCAAGACAUGGAAGCCCUUCACUAGACUGCAAUGCCACUGCCAGCUCGAAAGAAUUAAGCUUUGCCUCCCACAUACGACAUGCAGAGAACAGCUGCAUGUGGAUCCUUUGGCAUACUUAAACAAAUGUUUAUUUCCUAUAAAUUAAAUUUUACAAUUGAGAAACUAUUUUUGGUGUAUCUUAAUUCGGCAACUCGAUCCCAUAAUUUCUACUGGCCAACAAAACACCCAUGAUGAGGCUAUAGCCCAAAGCGUCACGUUGUCUUGGUUAGCAUCAGGCCUCUGAUAUUGAGCAUGAUAUUGAUAUUCUGAUUGAUAUUCUAGUCAUCGUGGCCCAGUUUUGUCCCAAUGCCUUGCAUAUUACGAAAAAAUCGCUGGGUGGUUUUUCAUUUUUCUCUGUAUUUCUAGCGUAUGACAACACUAUUCCACAUUGUGAUGCUUCAUUUCAGAUCGAUGCUUUGCUAGAAGACUUUAUACUUUGAUGGUGUCGAAUUUUCCGGUUUCAAAACACGGUGCCUGUAACGUCAGAGCCCCCUUCCCGGGAUGUGUUCCAACACAUUGUCAAGAGAAGAGUAUUUACGACUGAUGCCUACAUUCUCCAGGCAUGCUAAUAUUUACAGGAUGUAAAAUGUUGAUUCAAAAACAUGUCACCUUGUCAUUUCUAAAGAAGUAAGCAGGCCCUUGCCUCUUUGUUUUAUUUCAAUUUUAUUUAUGGUUUCAAUGUUUUAUUCUAGUUAUUUUGCAGUUUUGUGAAAAAAUACUUUUAAAAUUAAAAUCUGACUUUAUCUUGAAGAGACACGAGGACUUGAUGGAUUAUUGGAAUUGUGACUUGAAUGGAUUUUAUAAAAAAAGACUUUCUUAGUGGGGGGCAGAUGCGCACAAAGACACGCGAUAUUCCUAAACAUCCAUCUUGAGUUAUCAGUGUUGUGUUCUAUAGUAGGCCUAGUGUAGGGCCUAUAGCAUUAAAUGGAAAUAUGGGCUACAUGUAAUCUACCUGAUCAUAGCCAUUGUUGCUCCUUUUUAUUUAGACUAAAGAUUAUCUAUGUUACGUCCAACAUAUAAGCGGUUAUAAUGCUGUGUUUGGACGUGGCUUUGGAGGGGCACUAGAGAAGGGCGCUGAGACGGCGCUGAAAAAUGAAUUCAGGGGCCUUUAUGUUGCUAGACAGAUUAGAGAAAUUAAUGUGCACGCCAAAGCCGCAGCAUCCCUCCGAUUUCACAAGCCCUGUCGCCUGCACGUCGAGAGGCUGAAAAGGUUGGAAAUUUAAGGCAAAGCAGGGGAAGGCUGAGUUCACUUCGAGGACACAUUUUCUGACCGAUUAGGCUCACUUCGGUCUGGAUGGGCGACCUCCCCAACCCGGGUGACCCGGCAGGUUCGCUCUCCGUGUUCCCUCAUGGUGCCGUCGUGGGUCCCCCUUGGAAUGGGCUUUCUUUGUGAUUUUUUUAGUGUGCAAUGUGCCUAUAGAGAGGCCUGUGGAAGGACACUUCUUAAUGUGUUGCCCUUUGUUCGCCUCGCUAAAGUCACCCGAAAAAGUGUUGCACUGCUGGCCAGGAAACAAUUUAGCCUCACUCUGUGGGCUACGUUGUAUAACGACCUGUGUAUUGCCAUGACCCUUCACACAACUAGACUAGACUACACACAUAAUCCUUCUGUUUGGAAAAAAUAAAUAAUUUGCAUCCACAUGAAAACAUUCUUUAAGCAUUUAUUUUUUGAACUUUCAAUCAAAAACACCAACAUGGUGUAUGCAAUUUAAUUGUUGAUCAAUCUGAUGCUCAAUUGGAUAGAUUUAAUUCAUUAAAAAAUAUAUUAAUUUAAACAGUAUUUGUGCUGGGGUCAAACGGCCUCUGGACUGCCCUAGGUCUCACAGUACAGUGACUGCUCAAUGUUAACCCUAUACGUUAUUUAUAUCUGGUGUACCAUUAUCUUAUGGUUUGUCUACCUCAUGUCACACACGGGCUCCUUAAUGCGAUUAAAAACCAAUAUACACCGUUCAAGUAGGCUCUAUACACAAUGAAUCGAAUUACUAAUAAUAUCCCAUCCGUACACCUCUCACUAGACAUUUCAUUUAUGUGUGUCUCUUUCUGCAAACAGGGGUGCUCUCCAUCAGGAGGCAUCCAGAUGACUCUCGGCGUCUCCUCGUCCUCUUCCUGAAUGCCCCCAACGAGACUAAUGACUAUAUGUAUUGGCCUGUUUCAUUGUUAUUGUGUGGCUCUCACACAGAGUCAGCAACCGUUACUUAACACAUGGUGGUAGCACAAUGCAAGAUUAAUCCAGCCAAAUGUCCCUGAGUGAUGAUAAAAAGAGAGAAAGACACAUUCUCGGGACUGAAAGGGGGACAAAAAAGACCCAUCCAGGCUCUUCAUUUUGUCUAACGCUUGGAGCCUUUCCCCCACUAAGUGCCCCUCGGACGCAGGCGGGCAGCCUAGGUUCAAGUGCAAUAGAGUUCCAUGCAAUAUGCCAGAGCUCUGCAACCUGGGUGAGAACACCUAUUGUUAUUACUGGAAGCAUUAUUUAUAAACCUGUAUCGCCUUUUCUGGGAUUUGACCACAUCCAACUGAUCUAGCAUACAACAUGAGCCCUUGGUUGGGUUAUUGGCUAAAUUAAGAAUGGAACUAAACCUAUGUUGAAUUAAAAGCUCUCAACCCUAUUAUGGGUGUAAAUCAGUGAUGUAAUUGUAUGCUGGGACUAGUAAUGGAAUCCUUUCUGUGUCUUCAGAGACCCAUGGGGUUCCCCACAAACGUACCAGAUGUCACGCUUUACCUUGCUUUUAUUAACACAAUAUUUGCAGCAUAUUUUCUGCACUAUUAUCUGUACUAAAACACAUUAUUUGUUUGUUUUUGUGUGGACAAAAUUACAAACUAAGUAAUUGUAUUUUUAUUGUAUUGAGCAUUAAACUGUAGGAGACACCGAACAGACCACUAAGUGUACUCAAAACAAAUCUAAAAGAACACAUUUUCCAGUGUUUAGUUUGAAUGUUCGUUCAUCGUAAGGUUUUUGGUAGAAAUCCUCUCUUGUACUAUUAGAAAAAUAGUCUUAAAUCCAAUCCAACCUUGCUUCUUACUUGGGCAUAUGCCAGAUCACCAACGUGACACCAUUGCAAUGGCCAGCAUCAGACAUUGUGCAUGUGGUCGUUGGAAGUGGUCUACAGUUUGUUUCCACAGUAUACUUUACACUUGUCUCAGGUUAAAGUCUUCUUCAGCCUCUUUGCUUUACAAUGAAAGGUCUCAGACGAGACUAGGUGUGUAGUGUGUUUAAACGGCAGCCAUGGCAGCUGCAUAAAGACUCAGAGUUGAAACUGGGGUCACAUUGCUAUUUUCCAGGGACAGAUUCUGUCUUGUAUAGAACAGGGGUGGG